AUGCCUCUUGUUACCCAUUCGGGGUGUUGGACUAAAGCCCCACCACCACCUGACUAUGUUCGCACUUACGCGUCCAAGGACCAAAAGGCUGCCAAAUCUAAUGCCGAUGACAACCAGCAAACUCGCUCUCAUGCUGGCCCGAAGUCUGUCAUGAAUACCCAAACCCAAGACCAUCCGCAUCCUCGACCCAAGGCUCGCCCUCUUCCAAGGUCCAAAUGUUCUGAUCCCAUGACAUCAUCUGCUGAAGAAGAUAUUUUCUUCUCUAACUUCAGCAAAUGCUCGUCACUUGGCAGGAAGAAGUGCAGUGACAUGAAUGAAGGUCCCAAGGUCCAGUUGUCUGACACCGCCAAUGGGUCCACAAAUGGUGCAGAUGGCUAUGUGCCAUCAGCUGGUCUCAAGGAAGAUGGUACUAGUAAUGAUGCCAAUGAGGAUUCAGCGACGAACCACAGAGAGCAGACUGCAUUUCUAUCCGACAGUGAAUGUGGUGGUGCUACAGCGACACACGAAGGGGAGAGAUCCAAUGGUGAAUGCAGUGGUGCUGCAGUGACAGAUGAAGGGGAGAGAUCCAAUGGUGAAUGUGGUGGUGUUGCAGCAACAAAUGAAGGGGAGAGAGAUGCAGGUCUAUCUGAUGGUGAAUGUGGUGGCACUACUAUGACGAACAAAAUGGAGAGAGAUGCAGUUCUGUCUGACAGUGAAUGUGAUGGUACUGCAGUGACAAAUAAACAGGAGAAGACUACAGUUGCACCCACGACUGUUCGCCUGCGUAGAUCUGGUGCUCGCAAAUGGUAUGCUCCUGGUCAUGAGAGCAAACCCACAGAGAGCUCUGACUCUGACAGCAACUGGGCAGAACUUGAAGAGAAGAAUGACAAUGCCGAUGCCAAUCCUGAGGGCUGUGAUGAAGAUCAGACAUCUGAAGAUGGGGAUGGGGCCACACAUAAAGCAGGAAGACUGUCCAAAGAAGGUGUUUUGAAAACGGAAGAAUUUGGCAAGAGAGUUAUGGCUGAAGCAACUGCAAUUGGAAAAGAGUUUGGGAAACACUGGAGGGUGAUUCUUAUCAAGGCAGGACUAGCGAUGAAGGCAACUUGCAAAGAGUCUGCCUGGAACCAGCAUCAAGCCUGGUUCCCGACUGUACUACCUCCAUCCAAAGAACAUAAGUUAUUGUAUUCAUGA